CGACUUUCAGGGCAGUUGGGUGAAAUAUUUAAGCCUCGCAGAAUUCGCUUAUAACAAUAGUUACCAGGCCACCAUUGGUAAGGCUCCUUACGAGGCGUUGUACGGAAGAAGAUGCAGGUCCCCUAUCACGUGGUUUGAGAGUGGGGAAAAGAGAGUAAUGGAAGAACAACUCGAGGGUAGAACUGAAAUAAUCGAGGAGACAUCUGAGGCCAUUAAAACCAUCCGACAACGGAUUGAGGCAGCUCAAUGUCGACAAAAGAGUUAUGCCGACGCUAAGAGACGACCCCUUGAGUUCCAAGAAGGGGAUCGUGUCUUCGUGAAGGUCACUCCGAUGAAAGGGGUGAUGAGAUUUGGUAAGAGAGGUAAGCUCAGUCCGCGAUUUGUGGGACCAUAUGAAAUUACCAAGAAAGUGGGUAAAGUCGCUUAUGAGUUAGCCUUACCUGAAGAGAUGGCGGGUAUACAUAAUGUGUUCCACAUUUCGAUGCUCAAAAGAUAUUUUGAAAGCCCAGAACAUAUCCUGGUACCUCCACAAGUACAAACUCAACCGAAUAUGACCUACGAAGAGAGGCCCGUGAAAAUACUUGAUCGCGAGAUUAAGAGACUAAGGAACAAAGAGAUAGCGUUGGUCAAGGUAUUGUGGCGAAAUCACAAAAUUGAGGAAGCAACAUGGGAACCAGAAGAUGCCAUGAGGAAGCGCUACCCUGAGUUAUUCUAAGUUUCGAGGACGAAACUUUUAUAAGGAAAUGAAUAAAGGAUGGAAGCUUGAGAGAAUGUACAGAGCUGGUGACAGGGUUUUGGAUGGGUUAACGGAGAAGACCUGGCUGGCUGUUAUGUUUUGUAUUAGUACUAUGAUACUUAUAUGUUUUGAUAAAGAUUUUGUUUUCAAAAACUCCUGAUCAGGUGUAAUGGUUAUGUUUACGGAUGGUUUAUCUUGAUUUCUUUAUGUUUUUGUUAAGAAGUUUGGUUAUGUAUAUAAGAAAUAAAGUUUCAUG